AUGGUUCACUCGCAUAGAUCUACUCUCAAGAGUAAGCAGAAGUCGUUCAAGUCCAAGCAUGCUACCAAGAGUGCCCUGAAGGCUAAGGCCAAGGGUAGAGUUGAGAAAUCGGCUGGAUUAGGCAAGAAGAUAGGAGGUGCUUCGAAAGCUCAAAGAAAGAACUUUGCCAACCAGAUCAAGCAGAACAAGAUACAGUCAUCUCAGAUGGAGAGAAAAUUACUGACGGGCCCAAAUUCUGCCGAAAGAAUUGUGACGAUUGUCUCGCUUGCAUCUGAUGUCAACUCACUCACUAUCGCAAAUCAGUUGUUGGUUGCAUUAGACGAAGAUCUCGAAUUGGUGAAGGAAUGUCCUAGUGUGACCACUUAUAGGACCAAAAAGUUCAGGACCGCAUUCAAAUUCAUUCUCCCAGAUCAAAGCGACUUCAUAUCAAUAUUAGAUGCCUGUAAGGUUUCUGACUUCGUGAUACUAGGAUUGUCUGCCACUGAGGAAGUGGAUCCAAAGGUUGGUGAACAGAUCAUCAGAGCCAUAGAACUGCAGGGUAUUGCCACUGUUAUGGGAGUGAUCCCAAAUCUGGUGACUGCCUAUCCCAAGAAGAACCUCCAGCUAGACGUGCUGAAAUCUCUGGAAUCGUUCUUCAACCAUUUCUUUCCAUCCACUGAAAAGUUGUUCAGUCUGGAGAACUCCUCCGAGGCUCUAAAUGCAAUCAGAACCGUCUGUCAAAAGCUGCCAAAAUCGGUGACGUGGAGAGACAGCAGAGGAUAUAUGGUUGUGGACAAAUCGUACUGGCAAGGACAGGACAAUGGGGAAGGUUUUGUUGUAUUGGAAGGUAUUGUGAGGGGCAGCGGAUUUAAUGUCGACAGAUUGGUUCAUCUUCCCGGUUAUGGUGAUUACCAAUUGGCUGGAAUAGAGAUUGCCAAAGAGGCUUUACAGAUCACUCCCUCCGAGGCCCAAGAGUCGUUGGAAGAACUGGCUCCCGAGCAGUUCUCAGUUCCUGACGAUGAGGAGUUCAGUGAUGACGAGCUGAACGAAGUUGAAAUGGAUAAUGACGUCUACAAUCCUUCUGGAGAGUCCAAGAGAAAACUUCCCAAGGGUCUUUCAGAAUACCAGUCUAGGUGGUAUUUGGAUGAAGAAUUGGAGGAGAUGAUUGAAGAAGUCGGAGAGGAUACUGAUGAUGAGAGUGUGGACGAGGACGAUGAUGACAUGGACAUUGAAGACAUUGACGAUGGUCCAGAGUCAAGAUAUGAACCUUCAGAGAUGCACGUGGAAUUGUCUCAAGAAGAGGAGGAUCGCCAGUUGCAGCAAUUCAAGCAGAGAGAGAGAGACGACAUGGAGUUUCCUGAUGAGAUUGAAAUCGAUCCUAAAGGAAGUGCGCGUGACAGAUUGAGAAGAUACAGAGGAGUCAAGUCUUUGAGCAAUUGCGACUGGGAUUACGAUGAGAAGGACGAAAGAAGACCCUCUGAGUGGAAAAGACUACUGAGAGUGAGCAACUUCAAAACCGCCAAACAGAGACUAAUCAAGGAGUAUGGAAGGCAGGCCCAGGCCAAAGCUGGUGACAGAGUCAGACUUUUCAUCAAGGCACCUGCCUUUGUCCUCGACAGAGUCACACCAUCCAAGCCAUUCAUUGUGUAUGGUUUGCUCGAACACGAGCACCAACUUUCUACAUGCCAUUUCGUGAUCCAAACAUGGGAAGACUAUGAAAAGCCAUUGCCUUCAAAGGAUACGCUGAUUGUGCAAUAUGGACCCAGAAGACACGUGAUACAGCCAAUUUUCAGUAAUGUUGGCAACAAUUCUAACAACGUGCAUAGAUUUCAGAGGUUCUUGCAUAAAGGCACGGUAGCCAUGGCAACGGCCAUUUUACCACCAGUUUUCCCCAAUACUCCUGCUAUAUUUUACAAACAAUCUGCUGAAACAGGUCAAAUUGAGCUGGUUGCACAGGGAACGUUUGAGAAUACAGACCACACCAGAAUUGUUGUCAAGAGGGCCGUUGUCACCGGUGAGCCUUUCAAGAUCCAUAAGAAGAUGGUCACCAUCAGAUACAUGUUCUUCAAUGUGGAUGAUGUCAACGAGUACAAGGAUAUUCCUCUUUUCACCAAAAUGGGUAGAUCUGGGUUUAUAAGAGAGUCUCUUGGAACCCAUGGUUACUUCAAGGCUACGUUCGAUGGUAAAUUGAAUCCUCAAGACACCAUUGGUAUGGCCCUGUAUAAGCGGAUCUGGCCUCGUGGUUCUAUCUUGCAUAACGCCUAG